AUGAUAUCUGACUUUAUGCGACAGCGUUUAAUGCUUGCAAAUAUUGAUACAAUCGAUGUACUACACAGCAAUAAAGCCGGUGCAGCAGACCAUAAAAUUAUGUUGGAUCUCGCUCGACAUCAACUAACACAUAAGCGAGGAGACACCGUUACGAAUAUACCCAUUGAUUUCGUCCGUACAUUGAGUGAUCUACGUAAACAUGCUGGAUUUUAUGUAAUCCUUGUUUACAAUGCACUAGCACGAAAAGAACUCAGAGCAACUGUCAAUGCAGAUUACCCCUGGUCACAAUUUACACAAAUGGGUAACGAUCCACGUCGUCAAUCAAAUUCAGUGUCAUACAGAAAUCAGGGGGCACCACGUCCAUUAAUGAAUGGGAUUCGUCAGCCAUCGAGAGAUCAAUCCAAUUUCGACAAUGGACAGAACGCAGUGUCCAACAAAUUGAAUGCAACUGACGGAGAAAAUCAACGAGAUUCGUCUCACACUACUCCGUCAACGUCGGCUCGUUCCAGUCCACAGCUCCAACGUCCGAAUCUACAUGCUGACUGGUUACUUAAGCGUACUUAUAUUUGCCCAUUUUGUUCCUCCAGAUGUUCGACUGAUGAACAAAUUAGACAACAUCAAACAAACAGAGAUCACCUGUUCCGUUGUCCAUUAUGUGGUGAUCGAUUUCAUACAACUGCUGAACUGCUAGAACAUCAAACUGCUAGAAAUCAUACGAGUAAUGAUGUUUCUGCAAAUCAUUUGUUCGAAAGUCCAGAUCCGGUAGUCCUACAACUACAACAACGCACAAAACCACCUUCUGACUCGUUACCUGUUCGAAAUCAUAUUUGUCCAAAAUGUUCAUGCAAAUUUCCGAACAAUGAAGAACUUAGACGACAUCAAAAAAACAAGGGUCAUCUCUUCCAUUGUCCGUUAUGUUCAGAUUGCUUUCCCACAACUGUUGCAUUACAGCAACAUCAAAAUGCUAAACAACAUAAGAGAACAAUCACGACCUCACCUCUUCACGCUAAUCCACCAGCUUCAGCCGCCGAUAAUCCUAACUCGGCUGACCGACGGACAGCCGAACUCAAGAUUCAAGAUUUGAUUCAACUUUAA